AUGGGCCUCACCGUCUCCAGCUUUUGGGGCUCCUUAAGCAGUCUUGUGCACUGGAGAAAGGACGAGGACGUCCGCAUACUCAUGCUCGGACUUGACUCGGCCGGAAAGACGACGAUCUUGUACAGGCUACAGAUCGGCGAGGUCGUGUCUACUAUACCCACAAUUGGCUUCAAUGUUGAGACUGUACAAUACAAGAACAUCAAGUUCCAAGUAUGGGAUCUUGGUGGCCAGUCAAGCAUACGACCGUAUUGGCGAUGCUACUUCCCAAACACAGCGGCCAUCAUCUACGUCAUUGACAGCGCGGAUACUGCACGACUGCAAACAUCACGGGAAGAGUUGUUGACAAUGCUCAGCGAGGAGGAGCUUAACGGCGUGCCACUACUUGUCUUCUGUAACAAGCAGGACGCACAGGGUGCAAUGGCGCCAGACGCCAUCAGCGCCGAGCUUGGACUUGCGGGUGGCGAGAAGGGCCGUGACUGGAGCGUUCGCGGUUCAUGUGCUUUGAAGGGUGAGGGCUUGGAGGAGGGACUUGAUUGGCUGGUGAAUGCGAUACAGAAAAAGUAG